AUGUUUUCCAAUAGGAGAGGAAUGGUGGCUCCUGGAGAAAGGAAGCUGCGUCUCCUCUCCCUGCUGCUGCUCGGCCUGUGGGGCGGGGCGGCCUGCCACGGGACGGCCGUGGACGACGUCUGCACGGCCAAGCCCCGGGACAUCCCCGUGAACCCCAUGUGCAUUUACCGCGCCCCGGAGAAGAGGGCCACGGAGCCGGGGGGCCUGGAGAAGGAGAAGAGGGUCCCCGAGGCCACCAACCGCCGCGUGUGGGAGCUGUCCAGGGCCAACUCCCACUUCGCCACCACCUUCUAUCAGCACCUGGCGGACUCCAAGAAGGACGACGACAACAUUUUCCUGUCGCCCCUGAGCAUCUCCACGGCGUUUGCGAUGACCAAGCUGGGCGCCUGCAACGACACCCUGAAGCAGCUGAUGGAGGUUUUUAAGUUUAAUACCAUCUCUGAAAAAACAUCUGAUCAGAUCCACUUCUUCUUCGCCAAACUGAACUGCCGACUCUAUCGGAAAGCCAACCUAUCCUCCCACUUGGUAUCAGCCAACCGCCUUUUCGGAGACAAAUCCCUUACCUUCAACGAGACCUACCAGGACAUCAGUGAGGUGGUCUACGGAGCCAAGCUCCAGCCCCUGGACUUCAAGGAAAAUGCAGAAAAGUCUAGAGUGACCAUCAACAAUUGGGUGGCCAAUAAGACUGAAGGCCGGAUCACCAACGUCAUUCCCCCAGACGCAAUCAAUGAGCUCACUGUCCUGGUGCUGGUUAACACCAUUUACUUCAAGGGUCUGUGGAAGUCAAAGUUCAGUCCUGAGAACACAAAGCAGGAGAAGUUCUACAAGGGGGAUGAUAAGUCGUGUUCAGUGUCUAUGAUGUAUCAGGAAGGCAAAUUCCGGUACCGGCGAGUGGCUGAAGGCACCCAAGUGCUGGAGCUUCCCUUCAAAGGUGAUGACAUCACCAUGGUGCUCAUCCUGCCAAAGCCUGAGAAGAACCUGGCCAAGGUGGAACAGGAGCUCACCCCAGAGCUGCUGCAGGAGUGGCUGGACAGCCUGGAGGAGAUGAUGCUGGUGGCGCACGUGCCGCGCUUCCGCGUGGAAGACAGCUUCAGUCUGAAGGAGCACCUGCAGGACAUGGGUCUUGUGGACCUUUUCAACCCUGAGAAGUCCCACCUCCCAGGUAUUGUUGCAGAAGGCAGGAAUGACCUUUAUGUGUCUGACGCAUUUCACAAGGCAUUUCUUGAGGUAAAUGAGGAAGGCAGCGAGGCCUCUGCGAGCACUGCCAUCAUGAUUGCGGGCCGCUCGCUGAACCCCAACAGAGUGACCUUCAGGGCCAACAGGCCCUUCCUGGUUUUGAUCAGAGAAGUGACUCUGAACACUAUUGUCUUCAUGGGAAGAAUAGCCAACCCUUGUGGUAACUAAAGUAUUCUCUUUGCAUCUCUUCUUAUUUCUGUUGGUGAAUAGAAGUAAAAAUAAAUACUACUUCCACCUCACAGUGAUGAAUGGAAUUUACCACCUGAAAUGGAAAAGGACAAGCGUGCUAUUGGGGCACUAGGUAA